AUGAAGCUUCUUGAGAGUAAAGCUUUAAUUUUCUUAUUUGUUGUUGGAUUGAAUUUAUUAAACAAUUCUGAAUGUUCCUUCUUUAACUUCUUUGGAAACAAACCAAAGUGUACUGAAGGCGCAUGCCCAUCAGGUUCUAAAGAUGUAACCUGCAAAGGAAGUACGACUACAAAGUGCUGCCCGUCUAGUGAUUUUAAAUCAUGUGACAAAGGCUUAGGCUGUUGCCCUAUAACAUCUAGUUGCAGCAAUCCUAAAGAUCUUGAUACGGGUGACAAAUGUUAUGGUCUCUUCAACGAUGAGGCACGCAUUCCUUCAAAGUGAUGAGUUUGAGACAUAAAAAGAUGGGUAAAAAUAAGAAAAAUGGGGAACAAAAUAUUUAAGAUUAAAAAAUUUUUUAUUAUGCUA